AAGUUUUCAUUCUUGCAAUUAAAUUGUAGAAAGCCGAAAUAUUUUACAUUAUAUUAAAAAUAUUGUAUAUUUAAAACAAAUGUUGAAUAAAAAUUAAAACUAUUUAUGGCCAUGGCUUAUUCAACAUCAUAUCAAGAAGAUUUUGAUAUGAAAGAAGAGCCGUUUUACGACGAACAAGAGAUUGAUGAGAAUGAUUAUGGUUCACGAAAUCAAAUUGACGGCAGCGAUGAAGACACUGAAGAGGCUAGUGAGACCGAUAUGGGUAGAAACGACGAACCGAUGGAAAUUAAAGAACAAAUGUACCAGGAUAAACUAGCAAGUUUGAAGAAACAGUUGGCUCAAUUAAAAGACGGAUCUCAUCCAGAACUUAAUAGACGAUUUAGAAGACUGGAGCACCAAUAUAAAGAACGAUUAAGACUGAAUGAUGUCCAUAGGGACUAUAUGGUUGAAUGCGUUGAGCGUGAUUACUUAUUGGAGCGUGAUGCUGCUACCAAAGAAUUCAAGGAGAAGAAGGAAGACUUAAAAGAAACCUUAAUAAAUGAUUUUGAAGAAAAACGUAGACAAAUAGAACAAGAUAGACAUUCCAUGGAGUUAACUGGAGAUUCCACUGAAGUUAAACCUGUAAUGACACGUAAGCUACGCCGCAGGCCAAAUGACCCCACCCCAGUGCUAUUGGAGAAGAGACGGAAGCCUCCAACAGCCCAAUUAGUGUUGUUAUUAGACGACAAAGAGAUUGAGAUGGACCUCAAACUCAUAGCCAGAGGAAAACCAUUGCAGAAUUUGAGUAAUGGGAAUAAUAACAACAACAGCAGAGAUAGAGAUCGGGAGAGUUCUCAAAGAAGGACACAAUCAGGGUCUGGUCUGAGCAACAGAAGUCUAUCACCAGCCAACUCUAACGAAAACAUUAAUCAACAAACAUCUCCUCCAACUGCCCAAAACAGAAAUUUACCUCAGAGCAGAUACGAGAGCCAAUCCAGGCUGGACAGUGGAAGAUCUUCUCUACCAAAUAGAGAUCAGCAACAUCAUCAUCAACAACAACAGCAGCAGCAACAACAACAAAUGCCCAGGGAUGAUGGUAACAGUCGAUUGGUUGACACCAGGGUUGAGGAUGGGAAAUUGUUGUACGAAAGGAGGUGGUACCACAGAGGUCAACCGAUAUAUGUGGAAGGCAGUGAGUUCGAAAAGCAAAGAUUGGCUGUUAAUAUCAGUGCGAUAAAUGCUGAUGCUAUUUGGGUGAAAAAACAAGAUGGCAGCAAGUUGAGAAUUUGCACAUCCCAGUUGAGCAGAGGAAAAGUGUCGAUAAAACGGCGGGCUUCGUAAAAAUAUUUUUUUAUAUUAAAUUCGAUUAGUUUUAGUUUAGUUGUAACAUUUUAAGUUCAAACUUGACGUUUUUAACAAAA